UGCGUAAAGUUGUCAAGAUGGCCAUGUUUCCCUUUUGGAGUUUGUUGCUGACUCUCACGGCGUUGGCUCUUCCAGCAUGCUCUCAAGGCAUGAAAGUGGAGGAGCUGUCCGACGACCCGAGGAGCUUUCUCCCGCUCCCCGUCUACCCGUCGGCCAAGUACCAGAUCCUCAACGCCCAGCCGCUCUUCCUGAGAGAUGCCGGACGCGACCUGAUCGGCAACGCCAGCCUGUCGGCCCAGCGGCAGGUCUUCAUGCUCAGUAACAUCAGCGGCGGUCAGCAGCAGCCGCAGCCGUCCAUCAACGCCAGCUACGGGCAGAUGUCCGUGGAGAGGGCCAUCCCCCAGGAGCUCCUUCAGACGGGCCCCAGGAUUCGGGCCUUCAUCAUGGCCCGCCAGGUGCGCUCCUCUGCCCCCAUCAUGAGGGUGCUGUUCCACUCUGCCCGGAGCGGUCAGGGCGACCCCCAGAACGGCAGCGCGUCCGGCGAGCCGGGUCCCCGCGGAGGGAAGAGCGGCUUCGUCUGCGUGAUGACCUACGCCUUCUGGGAGACGCGAGAGGUGCGGGGAGCCUGCUCGCUGCCCGCCGACGGAGGCUCCUGCCUGGCCCGCCUCAAGCCAGAGCCGGCCUGGUUCGGCCUGGGCGGCGGCGGCGGCGGCAGCAGGGCCAGCCGGGAGAACCGGGGCGAGGGCCAGGCCAGCACGGUGGAGCUGUACUACCAGACCCGGCCCAGCCCCACCAGCCAGUGCUCGCCGCAGGACGGGCAGACGCGCCGCGGGCAGCCCACGGGCACGGGCACGGCGCUCAGGUACGGCGGUGCCGGCGGGGCGCGGAUGAAGCGGAUCGGCAGCCUCCAGCUCCUGCGCUCGCCCCCGGGGAACCCCACCUUCAUGAGGGUGCGGCUGGGAGGCACGGUGGUCAUCCAGACCUCGUCCAAGCCCGUCAAGACCACAGACACGGCCACCUUCUACGUCUUCCUGCCCAGUGCCUCACCUGUGGAGCGCUUCAUUCUCAGGACCACUGUGAAGAAAGGCCUGUCCUUCAGCGUGGCGCGGCCCAGUGACCCCGGUCUGUGGGACAUCGCUCUGGAGCCCAGCAAGGCGGGGGACGAGCCACAGACCCUCUAUGUGGUGUGUCAGAAAAAGAGUACCCUGUCUGGGAAAAGGGGACUACUUGAGGUGCUGCAGCUGGAUUUUGAGGCCGAAGAGUUCAGUGACCAAUCGGAGGGCCAGCUGAUCACAUGGCGUCUGGAGUUGCCUGGCAACAUAAAGGAUGAGGGAAGCAUGACAAUUUACACCACGCAAAAGGACUUCAUUGGCUUGGCUCCACUCAUUAUGGACACGGAGCUCCUGAACACGGCCGUGCUGACGGGGAGGAGGGUGUCGGUUCCCGUGGCCCUACUGGCGGUGGAGGCAGACGGCUCCGUCACGGACAUCACCAACUCCACCAGCUGCCAGUCCACAGACACAGACAUCCUCAAGGUGUCCGAGAGUUGCGAUUUCGUCUACAUGGACGGGAAGGAGACGGGCGGGCGCGUGCAGAUGCUGGUCAACUUCACCUACAGCUACCUGAGCGCCCAGCUGGAGGUGAGCGUGUGGAUGCCCCGCCUGCCACUGCACAUCGAGCUGUCCGACUCCGAGCUCAGCCAGAUCAAGGGCUGGAGGGUGCCUGUCUCCUCCGUCAGCCAGAGGAGAUCCGACAGCGAGGAAGAGGAGGACCGCAAGGGCCGCGGCUGCAUGCUGCAGUACCAGCACGCGCGCAUCCGCGUGCUCACGCCCUUCCUGGCCGACGGCGACGACCCCACGUCCGAGUCGGCGCUCAACCCCCCGGCCUACUUCCUGGGGCCAGACUGGCAGGUGGACGUGACGAGGCUGGUCCAGGGCUUCUUGCGCGUGGCCGACGCUUCGGUGGCACGGCUGCAGGCAGACAUUGUACUGGCCGGGAGGUCCGUGGGGGUGACCACUGUGCAGGUGAUGUCUCCCCUGUCGGACUCGGUGCUGGCCGAGAGGAUGGUGCGGGUCCUGGACGAUAAGGUGUCCAUCACUGAGCUGGGGGUGCAGCUGGUCUCUGGCCUCUCCCUCAACCUGCAGCUCAGCCCCGGGAGCAACCGGGCCAUCGUCGCCACGGCUACCACACAGGAACUCAUGCAGAGCCCCAAACAGGAAGCGCUCAUCAGCCCCUGGGUGCAAUUCAGCGACGGCUCCUUGACCUCCCUGGACCUCUUCGACCCGAGCGGCUACACCCUGAGCGGGAGCUCGCUGGACGAGAGCGUGGCCACCGUGCGCCAGGGCUCGCACCCGCAGCUGUCGGCCGUGGCAGAGGGCGACGGUCAGGGGCCGCUGCUCCGGGUCGAGCUGGGCAUCUGCGAGGCGUGCCAGAAGUCCAAGCGCAAGAGCAAGCUGGCGGUGGGCAGCGGCGCCGUGCGGGUCAAGCUCCUGCCGCCGGACGAGGUCGCGGGCAAGACGGGGAGCGGAGACGCCAAGGUGCCCGACGCGGGAGAGGUCAAGGAGCCGCUCACCUCCCCGAGGGCCGUGCCCCCGGACGUCUACACCCAGGCCGUGCUGCGCGACUCCAGGGUCCGAGAGCUGAGCACCACCUCCACCCUCCAGGAGGCCAUGGGCGCGGCGGCCUUCUCCACCGCCCAGACCAUCAGCUCCUCCACCCGCAGACCCGCCACCACCAGCCGCACGCUGCCCGCGCCGGGGCAAGGCGACGACGGGGUCAGGAAGGAGAUGGGCAACCUGCUGAUGAACUCCAUCUCCCACUUCGGUCCCGACGGACCGUCCCCGAAGGACGUGUUCCGCAAGAACGUGGCCAAGAAGGCGGCGGCGCCCAAGAGGGACGAGGAGGCCACCGAGGAGCCCCCGGCGGUGGAGAGCAGCGACCUGAUCCGGGCGUUCGGCGUGGCCUUCAGCGACCUGGAGAUCUGCAUCUACGCGCUGGUGGGCGUCUCGUGCCUGGCCAUCCUGGGCUUCCUGCUCAACUGCGCCACCUACGGGCUGCGCGCGCGCGGCAAGAAGACGCCCGUGCAGCCGCAGGACCCGCGCGAGCACCGCCACCACUGGGUGCGGCUGAGCACGUCCUCGGACCCGGGCAGGAUGCCCGCUCCUCCGCCGCCCGCCGCGGUCACCGCCGCCAUGCAGGCCUGCCAGGGCCACCACCCUCACCCGGAGCACCAGCCGCCGCCGCAGCACCACCACCUCCACCACCACCACCACCACCAGCCCAUGGAGGCUCCCCCGGGCCACAACGGCGUGCCGCCGGCCCCCGAGCGCACCGCCACCCUGGGCCGCCGGAGCAGCGGGCAGCAGCCCUGCCGGACGGACUCCCUGACCGGCCGCUCGGCCACGCUGCUGGCCAAGCCGGUGCGCAACGAGCCCCUGCACUCGCCCACCAGCAAGCGGAACCAGGUCCAGUUCACCACCUUCACCACGCUGGACAUCAAGCACCUGGCGGCGCUCAAGAGGAACGGCAUGGAGGUCAGCUGGGCCGCGCCCGUCGCCAACUAUGCCGAGCCCAAAGGGGGGGCGCUGCCCGACAUCCCGUACCCCACCGCCAAGCCACACGUCCAGGGAUAG